AGAGGCGAUUUCGGAGAUGUGCUAUUAGCUCGAGCUCGCCUUGACAAUCAUGAUUCUGGCCUAACGACGUCAUUGCACGUGAUUGUAAAGUCAUUGACCUCUCGGACACCGGUCCAAGUUGCGGAAUUCGAACGUCAGGUUGAGCUGUUUGCCCGGGCGGAUAAUGACUAUGUCGUCCGAUUCGUCGGCGUCUGCCGCACUCUGGAGCCAUACUACUUAGUUCUAGAACAUUCUGAAUGGGUAGGUCUUUUUGCCUUUUACCAGCUCAUUGUUUCCACGCUUGUCAGCCAGCGUGAAACCCAGUUUCUCUUCAUAUCUACAGGCUUGUUUAACUUUCCUGAAAUGAAAUGA